GAAUAGCGAGGUUGUUCGUUUUCCGACGAUUUUCGGGACGCUCCAAGUGGCGCCAAAAUCACGAGGCCGACAGGCCGACCAGGCCGACAUCGGCAUGGCAGAUUCGUAGAUUGAUAGAAAAACAUCACUCUUUUAAAGCAGAUUAAAGUUGAAAACACAUUCCGAAUUUAAUAAAGAGAAGUGUCACGCGUGAUUUCAUUGCACUUCCCACAGCGUCGCGCGAUUAAGUUUACUCUCGGGAUCUUGGAGCAGUGAAAGGGACCUUGAAGAAAAUAAGAUAAUUUACGUAUUUAUAAGAAAAUUGUCAAAAUGAACAUCGAUAAACUCAUCAAGAGGAAGCAGCAUGCCAAACGUGACAACAAUCUGCGUCAAUUGGCCGAAAUCACAAAUACUUUGGGGGACAUGUACUUUGAGAAUAAUCGACCGAAGGAAGCUCUGCAAGAAUACACGGAGCAGCUGAGAGUCUGCGAGAAACUGCAAGACAAGCUGAGCUGCGCGAUAGCGCACAGAAUGAUUGGGGAAGUUUACGCGAGCAUGGAGGAUUAUGAGCAGGCCCUGAUGCACCAAAAUCUACACUUGGAAGGUGCCAGGGAGAUGAGUAACUCGAUAGAGGAGCAACGUGCGUUUGCCACCCUGGGCAGAACUUAUUUCUGUUUAGCCGAGAGUCUAAUCGGCAGGACAGAAGAGCGCGAUGAGGCCCUGGAGAGCGCGAAGAAAGCUUACACGCGGAGUAUGGAGCUGUGCGACAAAUUGACGGCCACCGAGAUCAAGCUGGAGGAGAGAACGCUGAUGCGGGCGAGGUUGCUGCUUAAUCUGGGACUGACGCUAGAGGCGCAGAAGGAGACGCAACAGGCGAUCAGUCUAAUUGAGCAAGCAACUGCAUUGUGCGUGUCCAAUAACUUCCAGGAGGAUCUGCACAGAACGUGUAUCUCUCUGGCGACUAUAUACGAGCGGCAGAACAAUCUUGAGCUGGCAUUAAAUUAUAUCGAGACCGCGGCAACGGUGAACGACGUACGCCUAAAAGCCGAGGCGAAGAUAACGAAAGCCGAACUCUUCAUGCGAACUGGACAGUGGAUUGAAACGCGUAAAGUAUUGAUUUCCCUGUAUAGAAGUAGCGGGUUGCCAAAGGACAUUAAUCAACAGGUGGAGAAGUACUUGAGAAUUAUUGUAACUAUAUGCCGAGCGGAAAAUAGUCUUCUCGACGAGCCCGAUACUCGGACCAAGCAGAAGCUGUACGAGGCUCUGGGCGACGCAGCGGUCGCCGCGCAAUGCUUUGACAAGGGUGUGGAAUAUUAUCGACAUAUGUUGACCUGCGCGGAGGAAACGGACGAACAAAUAGGUAUUUCCUUGAUGAGUCUAGCCCAAACGCUCAAGGAUGCAGGACGCUACAAAGAAGCAUUGCCUUUCGCGCAAAGGGAACUGGAACUUUGCACCAAUCCUCGAGAAAAAUGCAGAUCGGCAUUAUUCCUAGCAGAUUUAUUAACAACGACGAAUGCUGCUGAUGUAGAAAUUCGGCAGUGUUACAUCUUAGCGUUGAGCUCAGCAAACGAAAGCGAUAAUGUCAAGUUACAAAAGUCUGUUACAAGAGAACUCAUCAGUUAUCUCGAAAGCACAGGCCAGCUUGACGAGGCAGAGGACACAAGACAGAAAGCGGGAUUAACUUUGGAAGCGUCCAGCGAUACAGAGAGCGAAGCAUCGUCCGAGGAAAGCGAUAGAAUUGGCGCGGAUAUUUGUCUAGAGGAUUUGUCCGAUCUGGAGGAAACUGAGGAGAGUGUCAAGACGACGGCCGGUACCAAGAAAAGAAUGAGGAGAAAAACGUCCGUGAUCAAGAGGAACGAGAAGGGCGAAACGCAGCUGCACGUGGCGUGCAUCAACGGCGACGUCGCUGCUGUCGAGAGGCUCCUAUCGUCCGGUCAUUCCGUAAACGUCAGAGAUCACUGCGGUUGGUCCCCGCUUCACGAGGCUGCUAAUCACGGUUACGUGGAGAUCGCGGAGCUGCUGCUGAAGCACGGCGCGGAGAUCAAUGAUCCGGGCGGCAUGUCCUGCCAAGGCGUAACGCCGCUACACGAUGCCGCGUCUUGCGGACACUUCUCGAUGAUGGAGCUCUUGUUGCAACGCGGAGCGGAUGUAACGCGUACGACCCGCGACGGCGAUACGGUGCUGGAUUGCUUGGAGGCCUGGAAAGAUCGCGUGGAAGAUUUAAGCCCUAAGGACUUGGUCGAGUACGACGCGAUGUAUAAAAAACUUUCGGCUGUUACUCCAGUAAGAAAGAAAAGGAAGAGAUCCGACAACGCUCGGAUAUUGAACGAAAAGUCCGGGUCGUCCGAGACACUUGAGGUUCAAAAGAUAUCCGCCGGUGAAGAUUAUAAGAGAACGAUAGCGAGCUUGCGAUUAUUUAAUAAAAAUAACACCGUUAGUGCAUUUAAAGUAAGCAGUAAUGAUACGAUCACGCCUUUGGUGAACGAGGAACAGGUUCUCGUCGAUGACUGGCUUGAAGACGAUAUCGGAAAUGUGACGAAGAAAAAAUCUACAAAUCAAACAAAUCAGAAUAAAUCGAACAAUCACACUACCACGAUCAAACGAAAGUCUUUUGACGGAAAUCUGAAGAAUACUACUAAAAGAAUGAAAUUGAACGAUGCGCGUCGAAGCAAGGAUGAUUUUAGUACGAGUGAAGACAGCGUUGAUUCCGUCACUGAAAUUUGUCAAUUAUACGAAGAACCUAAAAGAACUAGGAGAAAACGACAGACGUCCUUGAUCUCAAGUGGAUUCACUCGCUCGGUAUCUCGCUCGCCCUCGCCGGUGGCUCAUUUGCAAUCAUCGUUGCAUACAACAAUAAGUGCGAAACAGUACGACAAGGAGGAAUACAUACAUUUACGUAUGUCUGUUAAGGAAGAGGUGUUCAAUCUAAAGAUAGCAGUUUGCGAAGACGAGACAGAGCUUAUAAUGUGCAUUGUAAGUACCACCGAACGCAUGUUCCACGAUGAAACCGGUUGCACGAUUAAACUGCAGUUGCAACCGAUAAAUGGAACUGUUGUAACGAAGGAAAAUAUCCUGAAAAUUACGAAAGAAAAUCCGAACGAUGCGAAAGUAGAAUGCGAGAUAGUCGAGCUGCAGAUUCCGCCCAUUGUCGAGCGAUACAAGACCAUCUGUUGUACUCACAAUUUGGUCCCCUGCGAGAUCGUACUAAAGUGCUUGAGAUCUUGUGAAAACACGUCGAUAUUUCGUGUAAAAUCUGACGAUAUCAAUAAACAAUUACUUGUACCGUUAUUAAAAACUUUAGAGUACGAAAAGAGUAUUAAGGUGUUACAGCUGUCGGGUACUGUAUUGCUGAUGGCAGGAAUGUAUUUGUAUCGAUGUCUCUCGAAUCUUACGUUUUUACAAGAGCUCUACUUAAAAGGCUGUGAUAUCGACCUCGCCUGUUUACGCCAAGUAAACGCGUUGCCUCCUCAGUUAAGGGUCCUAGAUCUAAGUUAUAAUCCGUUGGGCUCCGAUGGCAGUGAUGCCCUUCGAAAAUUAAUCGCUCCCUUAAGAUACUUGCAGACUCUUAACUUACGUUACUGCAUGCUGGAGAACUUUUAUCUUCCACUUGACAAUCCUAAUCUGACGUGUUGUGAUAUUUCGUGGAACAAAUUAAAUCGCGACGCGGUGACUUCUUUCUUAAGUAGGCAAUUGUUCGAUUUGAACUUAUCUAAUGUUCCAUUUUCCAAUCGCAUCGUUUUAAGCUUAGAUACGAUGAGCGUAGCUCUAUCACCAAGCUUGGAAUCGCUGGACCUUUCGUUCUGUGACAUAAUAGAUUCUGAUGUGAAAAUCAUUUUGACGCAAUUGCCUAGACUGUUAAAAUUAAUACUUAGUGGGAAUACAAAUGUAUCUGUAUCAUCUGUAAACGCGUUGUUAAGUCGUCAACCUACGUUAACUUAUAUCGAUGUUAGUGGUUGUAAAACUAUCGAGAGCAAUCCAGAAGCAGGAUUGAUUAUACGAAAUCCUGAAGUUUGUACACUACUGGCUAGCAUAGAACCUAAUUUAUGUGAUUCAUGGAUUAAAUUGUGGCGAGGUACGGGUAUUGUAACGAAAUUGCCUCAUAACUUGGCAAUUUUUAAAUCAAUAUGACAUUUUCUACGAAAAAUAAUAUUUUGUAAGUAUAUAUGUAUAGAUGUAUAAUUUUGAUACACGGAAAAUUAUUUUUAAAAGAAUAUCUUGUGAAUAUGUAGAUGUUUCUAGAAGAAAAAUUAUAUUUCUUAAUACAUGCAAUAUACCCACAAAAGCAUUACUAUUAUAAUUUAUAAAUUAUUAAUUUUUGCAUCUCUUUUGUAUAAUAGUUUUAAAGUUUUGUAAAAAAUGAAUAGACUCGUUCCAUU